AUGCCCGUAUCCAUCAAUUCAACAGAUACAGCAAUGGAGAUAGAUUCUGGAACGAAUUCUUCAGACAUUGCGAGCAAUUUGCCCACAACAGCAGUUGUCGCAGCUACAGCAGACGCAGCAGCCUCUACAACAGCGGCAGCUCCAGUGUCAACCCCUAUAGUCAGUAAAUCGCUAUCAGAGCUAGCGCCCACAAUACGUAUUCAUGUGGACACAACUGAAUUGCCACGUCCAGUGAUUGUCAACUAUCGUCAACUAUACAAACGUGAGCUCAAAAAGCUGCAAGAUAGAGAGCCAGUAAAGGCAGCUGCUCCUCAACCAAAUAGUGCUUUGGAUUCAGCAGAUGACAUCUUCUACAGGGAACUACUCAAGAAAGCUGAGGCCUAUAAUGUAGACGAUGACGAUGUAGAUGACGACGGUUCAGACGAUGAAAAUAUUGGGAACGAAUCUAGAAAACGUGGCGAGGACUAUGAUUUCGACGAUCCCUUUAUUGAUGACAGCGAUAUGUUGAUGGAUGAACCAAUUGAUCACAACCCACCUGAAUAUGAUGGAUACUUUGUGUGGCAUGGACCAUUAGACGGCCAUGAAGUUACGCAUGCUGAAAAAAAACAAUUAUCUGCAACAAGUGCAACAUCUACAUCAAAACGUAGGGCACCUGCCAAACCAAAAGCUUCAGGCAAUGCAACAACAGGAAUUAAGAAGGAGGGUGGAUCAGGGGCAUCAGGUAGUACAGGUGCUGAUAAAUCACGCAAGAAGACCGUUGUUUCGAUCGAGGAUAAUAGCGAUGACAAGAAGAAAUCUAGCAACAAUGCCGCGACAUCUUCAUCAAACGCACCAACUGCUACUACAUCCAAAACCAAAAAGCCAUCCACCCCACUUGCAGCAUCUUCAAACAGCACUGUAAAGAAGGCGAGCGCUACACCAGACAAGGCAUCCAAGAAGAGAGCAAAAUUGGAAUACAAUCACUUGAAAGAUGAGCCGACUCACAAAUCUACAAUUAAUGCGCCAACACCAUCCUCAACUGGCUCUGCAGAUGGUACAGCAGCUCAGUCUGCACCAUUGGCCACUGGCGAAAAGGCCAAGAAGAAAGCUGGAGGAAUGCCUGCAACACUGAAACCAUUGGAUCCGGAAAUUGAAGUACUAAUGGAAAAACUACGACACGAUGUCAAGAAUGAAAAUUUCAACAACAAGGCCAAAUUUCCAGCAGCACUCAAACCCACCGUUCUUGAAGCAGGACUCAUCACGCUUCGUAAACACAGAAUUAUUGAUGAUAAUAUCGUCUAUCAUUUGAUGCAAAUUUUACCUUACAACAAAUUUACAUUGAGAAAGUUCCUUACUACCAAAUCUGGACAAAUGCGAGUGGACGAAUUGCAGCAAGAAAUCGAUGAAUUAGCAAUCAAACUUAAGCAGACCAUUGAUCGCAUGAUGCCAGAGCAACAAAGACUCUUCAACGAAAAGUUAGCACAAGCUCAAGCUUCAUCUGAGCCUUCAAACCCUGAUGAGGAACCAACUCCCAAAUUUAAAUGUAACGAUGAAGUGCGAAAGAUCCUGUAUGAUAUUAUCCAAACAGAGGAGCAAUCAAUCCACAUAGCCAAUCAAGUAGCAAUACACAAGGAUGCUGAAAAGAAAACCGAGAACUUAGCAUCUGAUGGUAAAGCGAGAAAGCUCAUGUAUCAAAGAUUGCUUUCGUGCUGGCCAGAAGGCUGGAUUAACUCGUACGAAAUGAGCAGACAAUACAGUCAAUACAAAUCCAAGGUUACAGCCAUGAGUGAAAAGAAAAACGCAAAUGCAUCACUUCCAAGUACACCAAAGGCCAACAUUUCGACAGUCGAGAACAAGAAGAGAAAGCGCACAACACCCACAACGAACACCAGCAGCACAAACACAAAUGUCGGCAAUGCCUAUAGUAAUAGUAGUAGCAACGGUGAAGCCCUCCGUAAAAAACAAUCGGUUGGUACAGACAUUGUACAUACCCCUACAUCUACGGUUACUUCUUCAGCUACUACACCUCUUGCUGCUGCUGCAGAACCUCAACAACAGCAGACAAAUAUGGCGCCAAUGAAUGUGAUUACCAUAGAUGACGAUAACGAGGAUGUUCAGCUUUCAUGGAAGCAGCCCAAUUCAAUGAAGAUUGAGGCAUUGAUCAGUGGACCAAGUACCGAAAAGAAAGACUAA